CAUAGAUAUUUAUAUUUUUACAUUAUUUACUGGACUUGAGGGUCUAUGUAUCGGAUAUAAAAUCGUGAAAUUAUCGCUGUCAGCGGCGUUUGUGUUUUGUUGAUGUCAUUCGCACCACCAAAGCCCGUAGCGACCUUCAAUUAUAUCAGCGAGGCUUCAAUAUAAAUUUCUUUUUCCAAACUCUUUUUGUUUUUUUGUUUUUUGUUUUAAUCUUACAGUGGCGACAAGUAUGGGACUUUCGCUCCGCUGCUUUCUGCUGUUGUCCCUCUUAACUCUGACAGCCGGUGCGGAUUUCCUGGACCUCAACAAAGCGUCCGGACGGACUUUUUUUCGAGAUUCGAACCGAGCCAAGGGGUCCGCGGCGGCAGGUUGGGAUCACAGCGUGAGGAAGAGGAGCGCCCAGCCGGACGCCUCCUGCGACGCUCUUCAAGGAUUUGAGGCCAAGUUGGAGAACAAUACGCACCGUCAUACUUUCAAUGACCUGAGUGGAUCGGUGUUACUGGCCUGGGUUGGAGAUGGCACGGGGGUCAUCCUAGCUUUGACCACAUUCCACGUUCCCAUCUUCAUGAUCAAUUUAGGACAGUCGAAACUCUAUCGAAGUGAGGACUAUGGUAAGACCUUCCUGGACGUCACCAAGCUCAUCAACAACACCUUCAUCCGAUCGGAGUUUGGCAUUGCGAUCGGCCCCGAGAAUUCCGGCAAAGUAAUCUUGACUGGCGAGGUGUCCGGUGGUCACCGCUCUCGGAUCUUUGUCUCGAGCGACUUUGGAAAGAGUUUCACCCACCUGGAGCUGCCCUUCAAUCCAACCUCGGCCAUCACGUACAAUCCGGAGAAUUCCGACGUGCUGCUGGGCCUCAGCAACAAAAGGGAGCUGUGGCUGACGAAAGAUUUUGGCCACAAUUGGAUCAAGAUUCACAACAUGGUCUGUAUGGUGAAAUGGGGGACGAAGAAUGCCAUCUUUUUUUUAACCAAUCGCAAUGGAUCCUGUAAUGCCCGCGGAGCGCUGGAGAUCAGGAGGACGACUGAUUUCGGGCAAAACAUCAAGACCGUCGCCAACAAGAUCUACUCCUUCGGCCUCGGCGGUCGCUUCCUCUUUGCUUCUGUGAUGACGGGCGAGGCAACUCAGAGGAGGAUCCACGUGUCGGUGGACCAGGGCGAUACCUGGAACAUGGCUCAGUUGCCAUCCAUCGGUUCCGAUCAGUUCUACUCCAUCUUGGGAGCCAGCAACGACAUGGUCUUCAUGCACGUCGACGAACCGGAGGAUGAUGGCGUCGGCACAAUUUACGUGUCGGAUGACCGUGGCACCGUCUUCUCCAAGUCGCUGGAGCGCCACCUUUACACCACCACAGGGGGCGAGUCCGACUUCACCAACAUCACCUCCCUGCGGGGAGUUUUUAUCACCAGCACCCUGACCGAAGACAAGUCCGUGAGGUCAGUGAUGACCCGAAACAUGGGAGGAGAGUGGACCCCCUUGCGGAAGCCCACCAUCAGCAACUGUGACUCAAAAGGCAAGCGACCAGAAGAGUGCGCUCUCCACAUCCUCGCGACAUACAGCACUGCUAUGAGGCUAAACGUCCCCAUGCUGCCCCUGAGCGAACCGAACGCUGUGGGCUUAAUAUUAGCCCAUGGGAGUAUCGGCAACGACGUCUCGGUGAUGACCCCCGACGUGUUUGUGUCUGAUGACGGCGGCUACACGUGGAUGAAGGCUCUGGAUGGGCCGCAUCAUUAUGCCAUUCUGGACUCGGGCGGGCUGCUUGUGGCCGUGGAGCACAGCCCCGAUGAACCGGUCGACGAGAUCAAGUUCUCUACGGAUGAAGGACAGUGCUGGCACACGUACAAGUUCACCGAGGAGCCCAUCUUCUUUACGGGCCUGGCGUCGGAACCGGGCGCCCGCUCCAUGAACGUCAGCAUCUGGGGCUACAAAACCAGCAUCCUCAACCAGCACUGGGUCUCCACCACCAUCGACUUCCGGGACCUCAUUACCAGAGACUGCGUGACGCGCGAUUACGUGCAGUGGUUGUCGCACUCGGAUAAUAUCAGCGAUCCCAGCAACGGUUGCAUCCUGGGCUACAGGGAAACAUUCCGGCGUCUCCGCAAAGAUUCCGUUUGCUGGAACGGACGAGAUUAUUUGGUCAGCACGGAGCUGACGCCUUGUCCGUGCACUUUGUACGACUUCCUCUGCGACUUUGGAUACUACCGCAAAGAGAAUAGCGCCGAGUGUGUGGAGGAGCCGGACCUGCAAGGCAAGAUGCUGGAGUUCUGUCUGCAUGGUCGAGAGGAACAGCUGCGGACCCAAGGCUACAGGAAAAUCCCUGGUGAUAAAUGUGAGGGAGGUACGAUUCCUGAACGUAAAGAAAUUGACCUGAGUGUGAGGUGUGUGAGUGAUCUGCUGGGCCCGGAUAUGCAGCAGAAAAAAGGCAACUCCACUACAUCUGUAGCCAUUGUGCUCACGAUAGUCAUCAUGCUACUGAGCGUUGCUGCCGGAGUCCUCUUCAUCAAGAAAUACGUCUGCGGCGGCAGGUUCCUGGUCCACAGAUACUCGGUACUGCAGCAACAGGCCAACGAAAACGCGGCGGAAGGCGUGGACAACACCUUGGACGACCAGUUGGACAGCGAACACGGAGUCAACGGAAAGAUCGACUUUCACGAUGACUCUGACGAGGACCUGUUGCAGUAGCAGCUGGAGGUCUGUCAAUCAUUCUCAAGGGGUUUCCAGCCUCGCGUUCUGGCGACCGGACGCUUCUUUUGUCGCGCGACUUCUUUUUCGCUUGCACUUUGAUCUGGUGUCACUCAGCUGUCCUCUUGCCAACUCUUAACAAAUGCACAUGCUCAGAGGUGAAGAGAAAUUAGUUUGGAAGGAAAAGCAUGAGAAUUUCUGACCUUGAAGUACGCAGCACAACUCCAAGCGUCCGCUUGAUAGCAAUAAGAUGUACAGACUUAUU